AUUGUCACAUAAUACCUUUUUAACAGUAAAAAAAAGUAUAAUAAAAGAAGUGAUUAAUUCAUUAUAUUGCGAGCGAUUUUCAGUACCUAAGUGGCGUCAGUCAACAACUAAACAGACAACAUCCAAGUAUCCAACAAACAACAACCAACAUAUUGAUAAUUGAUAAUUUAAUUUUUUUCAUCUACUAUCACACCAAAAAUCUGCAUUCCGGAAUAGGAAAUAGGACACUGCUCGUGUUGUUAUUAAUUGCAAACUUAAAGUAGUUAUGCAAUGGUAAAUAUAGGUGGACUGCCAACUUGUUAACUAGAAACAUGACAUUAAUAAUAAUAAGAUCAAUGAUCAUGAACACAAAACACAACAUGCAUUGUUAAUGUAAUAAUAUAAUCUAAGCUCGAAGCUAACACAUGUUUUUUAUCAGUUGCGAUAACGAUGUCGUUAUCAGACGUUACUCUUUAAACAACAGAAAAAAACAAUAUCGGGCGAAACGAUAUUAUUAUUACUUACAUCCAAUUCGAUUUCGUAAUACUGCUUCCAUAUAUUAUGUCGUCUCAAUUACUUCACAAUUUGCGUUAAUGACUACAGUGUACUGAAAAAAAUUGCACAUCGCGAACGUUUCCUGAUGUCAUUUUCUAUGUCAAGGACACCUGUGGUGGUCCACAGCUGCCAAAUAUAUUGUCAACAGACUUCAACGUUCAUUGCUUGAAUGAUGGAUAACGAGAAAUACCUCCAACCACUUCGACAUGCAUAAUGGCACACGAUACACAGAAACAUGAUUCCAACUCAACUAACGUGUUGCACAGUUUGACGGCGGGUGCCAUCGCUGGUGCUUUAGCCAAGAGUACAAUUGCUCCAUUAGAUAGAACUAAAAUCAAUUUCCAAAUAUCUCAAGAACCAUACUCUGGUAGAGCUGCGCUUAAAUUUUUGGCUGACACUUAUGCAAAAGAUGGUUUUAUAUGGUUAUGGCGAGGCAAUACAGCCACCAUGACUAGAAUCAUCCCUUAUGCAGCCAUUCAAUUUACAGCAUUUGAACAAUGGCGAAAAUUGCUGAAGGUUGAUUCUCUAAACACAAAAAAUAAUGGAGGUCUUAAGUUUCUGUCUGGUUCUUUAGCUGGCGUAACAUCACAAACACUAACUUAUCCUCUAGACUUGGCAAGAGCAAGAAUGGCAGUUUCUACCAAAAAUGAUUAUAAAUCGUUGGGAGAUGUGUUCAAAAAGACUUUUAAAGUUGAAGGGAUAAAAGGCUUUUAUCGAGGGUAUGUGCCAACAAUACUUGGUAUUAUACCUUAUGCAGGUACAAGUUUUUUUACAUAUGGCUCAUUAAAGUCAUUUAUGAAAGAAAAACAUGGAUAUGAAAAUACAGCUGUGAAUUUAGCAUGUGGUGCAGUGGCAGGUAUGGCUGGUCAAUCUUCGUCAUAUCCUCUAGAUAUUAUUAGACGAAAGAUGCAAACAUCAAUAAUUACUGGAAUUAACUACACAAACCUCAGAACAACAUUUAUGAUAAUUUAUAAAACUGAAGGCAUUAGACAAGGCUUUUUCAAGGGUCUAAGUAUGAAUUGGAUUAAAGGUCCAAUUGCUACCGGAAUUAGUUUUGCUACAUAUGAUUUUGUGUUUAAUUAUAUUGUUAAUGACAAAGAAGAAAUAAUUCAAAGACACAUAGCUCUAUAAACAUCAAUUUAUAUCUGAAAUAUUUAAAUCAUCAGUAUUUAUUGACAGAAUUGACAGAAAAAUGUAUUUGUAUAUAAUAUACAUAAUAUUAUUUUGCUAAAACAAUUGAUUGGAUUAUUUCUGUAAAUAUUGUUAUUUAUAUUUAAACAGUGAAGUUGUUACACUAGAAUGUUUUAAGUUGUAUUUAAUUAAUUGAAAUUAAAUAAGUAUGUUUAUAGUGUCGUGAUAGUUUUUAAAAUUGGUAACUAACAUUUACAAUAUUAUUUCUAACACUCAAUUUUAGAAGAAAUACCUUGUUGGAAAAAUGGAUUAGUAUCAUUUUUUCUUAAUGUUUGAAAAUUAACCAUCAUUUAAAAUAUUUAUAGAUUAAAAUUACAACCAUGUAUAAAUUGACUAAUCAUCAAAAUUAAAGAGGUACUUAAAUUCUUAAUUUAUAACGAUGAAUAAUUAAUUU